AUGCGAACGCAUCCCACGUUUUACGUUGGUCGGCUUAAGCCGUACCAUCAGUACGCUGCUUCUUCCGAUGAAGAACGCCCUUGCGCUCAAGCAUCUCGCAGAGAGCCUUGUGCUCCCGAUGGUGGGCAUCAACAAGGGUCUGAAGAGCAGCUAUCUCAUCCCGAGACCGAUCAGCAAUCCCACGAGCUACCCUUAGCUCGUCACGAAGAGAUGUCAGAGAUCUCUCGUUCUCGAGAGCUGAGCAAAGGCAAACUCAGCUCGAUGCUUCGAGGCAGUGUCCGCCAUUUGGAGACGCCUAUUCCGCUCAUGUUCGAGGUCGUCGCGUAA